AUGGAGAAAUACGGUAUCACUGGCGUCCACCUCAGGAAUUUUGUGCUGAAGUCUUGCGAGUAUUUCUUCCGCAUGGACCUACUGAGCACCGUGCAGUCUUUCUUCCAGCGUGCAGAAGGCACCUUUGGGGUCUCGGUCUCGUGCACCUUGUGGCCCACGUCCAUCGUGCUCGCCAGCAAGGGCCAGCCGAUCUCCCUUGCAAUCGACCAGACGCGCCCGCUGGUUUUCUGGUCCUCCGAGCCAAGCAGCCUUCUGGUCGGCUGGCCGCUCACCGAUGCCAGCGGCUCGCGGACCCGAGCGGCGCGAGCACGCUGGGACCUCAACGAUGCAGCUGGAGAGGCCGUGGAGCUCAAGAUCAUGCAGGGGGGCACUGCGGAGGAACACGUGGCCAAGCUGAGGGCCCUCGUGAACCCCGGCGCACUCGCCGACUGCCACUUCUUCGCGAUGCCCGCGCUCGAGACAGACAGGGUCAUGGGCCACCACCUUCUCGCCCGUGGCGUGAGCCUGGACUCAGCCCGCAGGCCUCUCGCAAAGGAGGCGUUCGUGUCUCGCUGGGUGCUGCUGCACAACGCGCCACCAAGCCGCAAGCUGGGCAACUCCUGGGGGGGCUUGGAUCCUGUGGCGCAGGACCUACACGACGUGCCCUCCGUGUUGCAGCAGGUCGAGGAUUCCUGGAACGAUCGCGCUGCGCUGAACAACCAGAGCGGCCGCAGAUUCGGCAGGUGCCUCUCGGAACUGCUUGCGAGGAAGAGCCGCGACGGCGGCGCCAGCGAUACCAUUGACGUCCUCGUCUUCGGCAUCGAGAACAGCCUGUGGCUGGGGCAGCAGUUCGCCGCCGACCUGAAAAAGAUAAUGCCCAUGCUGAACAUCACGGCCCUGAGCUCUAACUGGCUGCUCGGCAUGCUGCAGGAGGCCCAUGGGCAUGUGGAGCCCAGGAACUUUGCGAUCUCGCGGCUCUCCUUCCGCUUCACGCCCGGCGCCGUGGUCCUCGGCGUCAGCCACAGCGGGACCACCUACCCGACCGUCUGGGCCGCGCGCGCCCUGCACCGCCUGCACGGCGAGCGCACCAACAUCUUCGCCAUGUCAAGCGUCUUCGACACCGUGCUGGCCAACUCGAUCGGACAGGACCUCAUGAAGCUCGAGUUUGCAGGCUGCCUCUUCAGCACCAUGGCCGGGCAGCGCCCGUCGGAGCCCUCCACGGUGGCCACCCUCGCGAUGCACCACACGCUGUCGUGGCUGCUCUACGCCUCCAUCGAGGCGGUGUCGGCGGCCUUUCCGCGCUCGGUGGCCCGCGGAGCUGCGAGGGCCAGGCCUCUCGGCGGGGCGGGGAAGAGUUCGAGCAGGCCUCCUUGGACAGGGAAGUGGGUCGACACGACGAAGGGGUUCUUCCGCGGCGUGGCCAUCAGCCUCGAGGAGAACUCGUGGCAGCUGGAGGGCCCGCUGGAUCAUAUCCAGCUAGGUCUUCGUUCUCCAUCGGCUCGUCCUCGGAAGACGGGGUUCGGCUGA